UUGGAUCCAAGAUGUCCGUGCGCUUGACGCGAGAACGUCCACCACAAUCAGCUAAAAUUGCAUUGUUACUGAUUUGAGGAAUAAUAAUACGAACAAAUAUCAAUUGGAGUUUGAUCGAACUAUGGAGUGUGCUGUGUUCGAUGCAUCGGCACUGGAAACAUCGAUAGAUAUUGUCGAGGAGACGACUUUAGUGGAGGAGCCCUUCACCGAGGCAAUCCAGUUCAGCCACGACGUUACCACCACUGACGACAAUAAUAAGGAUCCGGAGUCACCCCCGUCUCCAGAGGAAGAACCUGAGCUACGUUCGUGCUACAUCCACGUGGAGCGAUGCGACAAGAUUUGGGAGACAAUGAAAUUGAUCCGAGAGCUGCAAGAGCCCCAGUCGAAAUACUCACUGGAUGACUACUACGAUGAGGAUGAUAAUGAUAAUGAUGAUGAUCAUAAUGAUGAUGAUGAUGAUAAUGCUAAUGCUGAUAAUGAUGAUGAUGAUGAUCAUGAUGGUGAUGAUGACGACGACGACGACGACGACGACGACGACGACGACGACGACGACGAUGACGACGAGGAGACAGAUUCUCCCUUGAAUGACGACGAAUCCACGUCAUCCAACUGCUCCCCAAUGCUCCCAUACAUAAAAUACCAGCCAGUGCUUGGCAAUGGUAAUAAAGCCCUGCCAAACUUCCAGUUCUCCGUAAAAAGUACUCGUGCCCUUUACCAGUGCAACACAUGUGGCCGCCAGUACAGCCACCGUUCCUCAUUACGAGAACAUUCAGAGAGAAUUCAUAAUAUUAUUCUCCCCAUGAUCCGUCGUCCCCCAAAGUUCAAAACCGAUAGAUCAGAUUUAGCAUCAAAACCUGAGGAGAAAUCCCCAGAGCCCGACGACGAAGAGAGCACCCACGAGUCAGGGAGCACCAUCUCUUCAACUCCUUCAGAGGAUAAAGAACGUUUGCUGGAUUCAGCCAGUGAGCCUCAGGAUAAUGAGUACAUCACACCCUCUGGAAAAGUCCGUUAUACAGCGACGUGCAAACACUGCGGGAAAAUCCUUUCUGAUAAAUACUAUCUCAAGGUCCACGAGACCCUUGUCCACGGUCAGGCCUCGCCCUUUCCUCAUGGUGGAGGUCCCCAGGUACUCAGGAAUUAUGUGGCCAAGGCCCCACCACUUGUCAUCUGCAAUCACUGCAAGGAGUCAUUCUACGGCCCGCAAAAGCUCAACCAGCACAAGCAGAUCAUCCAUGGAAUUCCCUUGGACACCAACCCACCACCACCACCACCACCUCCUCCUCCUCCUCCUCCUCCUCCUCCUCCCCCUCCUCCUCCUCAUAAAUCUUCUCCUCCUCCUCCACCUCCUCCACCUCCUCCAUUAGAGGUGGGUAAAAUAAAUGGUAGAAAACAGGUGGCGAUGAAGAAGACGGCACACUCGUCAUUAUUCACCUCAUCGACAACGAAACAAACGGAGACAUCCAGAGCUCCACUCCCACUUUCCAAGUUGAAGGCUCCAGUGCCUCCAAAGGAAAAGAUGCCUCAACAUGCUCCCAGGAAAGGGAAAAAGCUCAUGAAGACGUGCGAAGCGUGUGGAAAACUCUACUCCAAUGACACCAACUGGAAAGUUCAUCUGAUAACAGUUCAUGGAAUUGUGCCACCUCAAAGAAUCACAGUGAAGAGAACUUACACGAAUAAUUCUUUGGGAAUUCACAGGUGUAAGUACUGCAGCAAGAGGUUCUCGUACACAACCACUCUUCGAAAUCACGUGAUCCUCCAGCACAUAAAGGAUCAGAUAUCGAGUCAGAAGAGCCUGAAGCCUCAGAUCCAGAGGAAACCAGUAGUACCAGCUGGUGGAACUUUAAAAACUCGUCCACCUGUGCAAAAACCACCACCGAAGCUUACGAAAAUUCUUCCCCAGGAACACGAGGAGUCGAGCACGCAAAUCUGGAGCUGCGAGAGCUGCUCGAGUACUUAUUGCUCUCGACAGAGUCUCAUGUAUCAUAUGGCCAAUGUACAUCAGAUUUAUCAGACAUACACGAGAAAAUCGAGGUUUAAUGAUCAUAAUAAACCACACGCCUGCUCAGGAUGUCAUGAGAGAUUCUGGGGGAAGAAGAAUCUAAUGCAGCAUCAAUUGAUAUUUCAUGGGAUCAGAACGUCUCAGCAGCCCAUGAGACUCGUCCACAAGGCGAACAAGAGACACAAUUUCAGCAUCAGGAGGACCGGGGAGAUUGAGAGACCACCACAGUUGACCCCUGUUCGUUCCUUGAGGGAUAAAGAACGGUUGAAUUACGAUGAAGCUGAGAUGUCUAAUGAAAAAGAGGUUUAUAAAGCCCCGAAGACUCCAUUGGUGAGUAGUAGGAUCAAAAGGGAGUCGAUUGGACACAUACCGCAGGCUAUGGAGACUGUGGAGACAGCGCAGAGUCCAGAGAGUGAAGAGCCAGUGCUGCAGUGUAUUUUAUGCAACAGACACUGUAAAAAAAUAAAAAAGCACUUUGUGGAAUUUCACAAGGUGAGAAAUCCAGAGAUGCUGAUAUCACAGUGUCCAGUGGCGCCUUUGAGUCGACUGGGGAACAAGAGGGAGACGAAGGACAAAGAAAUUAGAGAACCAUUUAUUAUCAAGAGAGAAAUCAAGGGACCAGUGGUAGUCAAGAGAGAAUUAAAGGCACCAGUGACAAUGAAAAAGGCUAAUACUCCGAUUAAAGAAGAUUAUGAUGCUCCAGUGGUUCCUAUCAAGAGGAAGAGAAAGAGGAGACCUGUAGACUCUAUGAGGCAGAAGAAGGCGAUGACUGUUCCAGGGCCACAGGCACCAUUUGAACUUGUUCUUAGGCAGAUUAAGAGAAGGAGAAGGAGAAUUUAUGCGUGUAAAUUCUGCAGAUUUGUCACUUAUGGGUAUGAUAGCGCCAGGAGGCACUGCAGAAAGGAGCACACGAUGCAGGGACCAUCCCAGGAGGCUCAAGCUGAGGAAAAAGUUGAUAUCAAGAUAACGCCAAUUCAGAGGCGAAGAUCUGAUGGACAUCUCAUAAGCAGGAAACGACGGAGGGAGUCUCUUGAUGAGAGGGAGAUACAGAAGAGGAGAAUUUCGUCUGCCUUCGGGGGAGAGCUCAGGAUGACGAGGGCUGUCAAGAGGCUCAAGCAGGAGCUAGAACACAAGUGUGAGAAUUGUGAGAGAACAUUUAGGAAUGCCGACAUACUCGCGGCUCACAAGAUAUCCUGCAAGGCCAGAAUGACUUUUGAAUCUGGGAUGGAGUCCAAUGACACUAGGGAGAGUAGCGACAGGGAUUCAGGGAUUGGCAUCAGCAUCACUAUUAAGAAAAAGAAUGAUUCGUAUGAGAUUGUCAGCAGAGAUAGCAGUGGGGAGAGACCUUCCAAGAGAUUCAACAUGGGAGAUGGUUACUCCGAUGCCUCAUCAGAAACGAGAAACUCCCUGAGUUUUAGUCGAGAGCACAGAGUUAUAAAACUGGAGAAAGCGGAUGAUGACGAGGUGGAUGUGGAUCUCGAUGGCCAGGAUUUUGAUGAGGAUGAGUAUGAGAUAGUGGAUGCUGUGGAUGACCCGCCACCAGGUCAGAUUCUCUCAUUAACAGACCUUUGUAAACGUGCCCUGGGACACACACGUCAGGUCCUCAAGGCCCCUAAGAUCUCCAAGAAAACGAAGAAGAGAGGAUUUCCAUGUAGAAUUUGUCAGGGUUACUGGCCAACCAAGAGAGCCAGGAACACCCACUGCUGGAUGGCUCACAAGGUAACGGCAUGUGAGACUGAAAUCGUCUACAAGGUCGAGUCUUUGAGAAAUAUCUGUGUCAAAGUCCUGACGAUGAAUGGAGAUGCAGAAGCUGCCAAAAAGGUUUGGUAUCCCUGUCACAUCUGCAAUACUGUCUGGCCCACCCCAAAAUCCAGGAGAAGUCAUUUUAGUGCACACGAAUGGAGAAAAAGAGCCAGUUUAUAAUUGUGUAUAUUAAUUGAAAAGGUUGGACUAGUGUUUAUUUAUUAUUUUGGAUGGAGAGAACAUGAUUAUUGUGAAAUCACUCGAUUGCGUAAGAUGAUUUGAUGGCGUGAUGAUCUUUUUUUUUUAAUUGCUUUUUGAUGAAAAAUCAUAAUUAUUACAGAUUUAUCGUGAAAAUUCAGAGUACCUCUCGAGCACACAUUAUUGGAUUAUCAAGACAUGGUGAUCGCUAUCAUUAUUGUAUAAAUUUCUAAUUCAUUAAUACAAGUAUUACGAUUGAAACCGAUACACAAAACCUCGUCGCAUUAUUUUUUAUUUUACUUGGACUUUGUCACUGAAGUGAUUUAAAAGCAAUUGUCUAUCAGUUAUUUGUUAAUUAAUGGUAAGGUCAAUAAUUAGACCAAAGCAGUCGUCGAAAAUUGUGAAAAUAUUACCCGGUAAUUAAAAAUUCUCAUAUAACUCAGUCAAAAAUUGAGUAACUAAUAUUUUUUUAAUUAUUCUGUUCCUGUUAUAUCGGCUUAUUGGUGCAUCAAUUGAAAAUGAAUGCAGCAGUUUGAAGUGUCUAUAAAUUAUAUCUGAAGUUCUUGACCUUAUUGAUACAUUUUUUUUUUUUUUAUGUAAAGAUGUUUGAAUGAAUUAAGAAGUAGAAAAUGAUAUCUAGGAAUUUAUUUCGAAGAAAUUUUGAAUAAUAUGCAUGUAAUGGCAUUUAUUUUAAACGUACAUAACUGAAGGAUAAUGUAAAUAAAUGAGAAACAGUAGCUGUGUAAUAAAACAUGUGUUUCUAUAUUCUAAAGACUCAACUAAAAACAUCACUUUUAUGAAUUAUCUAGUUUUAUAAAAUUUUCAGGAAAUAGCUACGUUAAUCUCCAAGAAUCUCACAUCGCAGAUUACUUGAGGUAAAGUAGUACGUCUCUCGUUUGAAAUGAAUUCUUAACGUUCUGUAAUAAUAAGAAUAACAAAAUAGCCUGAACUAUC